CAGGCUUGUCAAAGAAAAGGCCAAACUGGAGAGACAACCGCAGAGGAUGAACUAAAUGAAGUCUAAGGGGUCAGAGCAACUAGAAUAUGUUCCAGAAUCUUGGAAAGUGUACAUUCCACUGCUUGUUUCAGUAGGUGAUUUACAUUUCCACGUAAAUUCUUGAAUCGUCUUGUACCUUGCUACCUAAAAAUCUUGAGAGAUUUUGAAUUGGAUUGCACAUAAUUUAAAAGAUCAAUUUGAUGUUUAAAAACCUUGGUGCUAGACAUCCACAAGAAUAACUAUCUGAUGUAAGUCACUGCGAAAAAGAAAUCUUCAUGAGGAAAGUCAAGGCAACAUUUUCACCUUCCUCAUUUCUUCUCCAAUCACAUUUUUAGAGAUGGAGACAGUGAGUUGUCCAGAGCUCCAAGCAAGACAGAUGCUGCCCAGUGGCCUUCCUAGAGUGGACUCUGACAUCUCUCAGCAAUACUUACAUACAGAGCUUGUGCUGUGGCCUGGAAAAUAGCUCUCAAUGCUUCAGGCAGCAAUCAAAACCCUGAACUGGAGGAUCUCAGGCCAAAGACCAAAAAAGACCAAGAAGUGUAAUGCUGACAAGCGGGUUUAGUGUGUACUUGGUCCAAUUACGGCGAGAAGAGGAACGUCUCUCAUGACAGCUACCCAAGCAGCGGCGGCUUUGGAAGAGCCUGGGCUGCAUUCCUCGAACAUAUCCUUUGGUGCGACUCUCCCAGUUCUGAUCAGACUACAUUUCUCACACAUUCCAAAUGCUCCUUUUACCUUUUACUCUGAGAUUUGGUUGCAAAGGAGGCGCUUGUUAAAACCUGACCAAUCCGGGGACCAUACUCAUUGUAAUGCACGAGCCCACAGCAGCAGUCGGGGAUGGGGGGCUGUGGAGUAGGGAGCGCAACCUCCCCUAGAUUGCUUUUUAAUUCCAGUUUUCCUUCUUAGGCAAGUACGCUCCAGAGUUUCUCCCUAAACUGCUUGGGGUUUUGAUUCAAACUUUGGCGACGUUGCUUUCUAACUUUCCUCCUGCGUCUGCAAGUUUCAGAGAGAAAUAAGCACCCCCUGCGCGGGAUCCCAUGGAAGUGGGGGGAUUGGGAACUAGAGUGGGGGUAUUCCUGGUUCACAGGCAGCUGAAAAAAGUGAAUGCAGGCGGAAGGCGCGUUCCGGCUCCGCUGCUGGAGCCCCAACCCUAGCAGCCCAGAGUCGAGCCAGUUGCCUACUUCCAGGACAACCUGUAGCGCCUUCCAUCUCCUCCCCUCCGCGCGGUUUCCCCGCCUCGGCCCCGGAGCUGAUUGGCAGAGGUCGCUACCCAACCCUCGACUCCGGGCCUCCACCCGGGACCGACGAUUGGCCUCCUGGGAGGACUGGAGUAAGGGGGUGCGAGGGGAGGGAUUUCCCUCAAAGCCCAGGGUCCCGGGACCUGGGAAGGAGUGGUUGGAGGGACUCAGUUCUCCGCGCAACCCAGCCGCGAACCGCGCUGGGCGGGUCGGGACGCUUUAGUCUCCGCGGCUGCUCCAGCCCGGACCGCGCGGAGCCACUUUCCCAUCCUUCUGGUCCAGCCCCUGCUCCAGCAGGACCCUGCGGGCGGCGGGCGGAGUUCCUGGCACUUUCCGGAGGGCUCUCUUGCUCCCUGCCCCGGACUGACUGCGCUCAGGCUGACCUGUCGGAGCCCUAACACACGGACCAUGCACGCAGCUCCGACCCCCGGGAUCACCGCCUGCGGGCGCCAUGCAGCCAACCCCACCAACUUUCAACCAAUGCUUCCUCCGCCGCCCGGGCUGGUGCUGCUGCUGCUGCUUCUCCUGUCACCGGUAAGCAGCGUCCGGGCACAGCCCGCUGCCCCCGGUCGGGCGUUGCUGUCCCCGAAUCUUGCGGGGGUAGCAGGGGUCCCCGCCAAAGAGGCCGUAGUCCUGGCGAACCGUGGGCUCCGGGUGCCUUUCGGCCGUGAGGUCUGGCUGGAUCCGUUGCAGGACCUGGUGCUGCAGGUGCAGCCGGGGGACCGCUGCUCAGUGACCGUGCUCGACAACGAUGCGCUGGCCCAGAGGCCUGGCCGCCUGAGUCCCAAGCGCUUCCCAUGCGACUUUGGCGCUGGAGAGGUGCGCUACUCGCACCUGGGGGCGCGCAGCCCAUCUAGAGAUCGAGUCCGGCUGCAGCUGCGCUACGAUGCACCGGGAGGGGCGGCAGUGCUACCCUUGGUACUGGAGGUGGAGGUGGUCUUCACCCAGCUGGAGAUUGUGACUCGGAACUUGCCCCUGGUCGUGGAGGAACUGCUGGGAACCAGCAAUGCCCUGGACGCGCGGUCCCUGGAAUUCGCCUACCAGCCCCAGACUGAGGAGUGUCGGGUGGGCAUCCUCUCCGGCUUGGGCGCGCUGCCUCGCUACGGGGAACUCCUUCACUACCCGCAGGUCCCGGGACAUGCCAGCGACCGGGGCACCCAGGAACCUCUGCUGAUGGAUUGCAGAGCUUUCCAGGAGCUUGGCGUGCGCUACCGCCACACAGCCCCCAGUCGUUCUCCAAACAGGGAUUGGGUGCCCAUGGUGGUGGAGCUGCGCUCACGAGCGUCUCCCGUGGGCAGCCCUGCUUUGAAACGCGAGCACUUCCAAGUACUCGUGAGAAUCCGAGGAGGGACUGAGAACACCGCGCCCAAGCCCAGUUUUGUGGCCAUGAUGAUGAUGGAGGUGGACCAGUUUGUACUGACCGCCCUGACCCCAGACAUGCUGGCAGCUGAGGAUGCUGAAUCGCCUCCUGACCUGUUGAUCUUCAAUCUCACCUCUCCGUUCCAGCCUGGCCAGGGCUACCUGGUGAGUACUGAUGAUCGUAGCCUGCCCCUCUCCUCCUUCACUCAGAGGGAUCUGCACCUUCUGAAGAUUGCCUACCAGCCCCCCUUUGAGGAUUCGGACCGGGAGCGUCUCUUUGAACUGGAGCUGGAGGUGGUGGACCCAGAAGGAGCAGCCUCAGAUCCUUUUGCCUUCAUGGUAGUGGUGAAGCCCAUGAACACACUGGCUCCAGUGGUCACUCGGAACACUGGUCUCAUUCUCUAUGAGGGCCAGUCUCGGCCCCUCACCGGCCCUGCAGGCAGUGGACCUGACAACUUGGUCAUCAGCGAUGAGGAUGACCUAGAGGCAGUACAGCUGGAGGUGGUGGCUGGGCUCCGACACGGUCACCUUGUCCUCCCGGGUGCCUCCAGUGGCAACUCUGCCCCUAAGACCUUUACAGUAGCUGAGCUAGCAGCCGGCCAGGUGGUCUACCAUCACGAUGACAAAGAUGGCUCCCUAAGUGACAACCUUGUGCUUCGAAUGGUGGAUGGAGGGCGCAGGCACCAGGUGCAGUUCCUGUUCCCUAUCACCUUAGUGCCUGUGGAUGAUCAGCCACCAGUCCUCAAUGCCAACACAGGGCUGACACUGGCAGAGGGUGAAACUGUGCCCAUCCUGCCCCAAGCUCUAAGUGCAACUGACAUGGACUCGGAUGAUGCUCUCUUGCUCUUUGUGCUCGAGCCACCCUCCUCAACUUCAGGGCAUCUGCUUCUCCGCCAAACCCAUCCUCCCCAGGAGGAGGAGGGGCUUAUCAGGGGUCCUUGGAGGAACCAGGGAACAUUCUAUGAGAAAAUGGUGACAGAGUGGCGGCAGCGAGACAUAACGGAGGGGAGGCUGUUCUACAGGCACUCGGGGCCCCACAGUCCUGGGCCCGUGAUGGAACAGUUCACGUUUCGAGUCCAGGAUAAUCAUGACCCCCCUAACCAGUCUGGGCCGCAGAGGUUUGUGAUACGCAUUCACCCCGUGGAUCGCCUCCCUCCAGAGGUGGGCAGCGGCUGUCCCCUUCGGAUGGUGGUACAGGAAUCCCAGCUCACUCCACUGAGGAAGAAGUGGCUGCGCUACACUGACCUGGACACAGACGACCGAGAACUGCGUUACACUGUGACCCAGCCCCCGAUGGACACAGAUGAAAACCACUCACCAGCUCCCCUGGGCACCUUGGUCCUGACUGACAACCCUUCAGUGGUGGUGGCCCAUUUUACACAGGCCCAGGUCAACCACCAUAAAAUUGCUUACAGGCCUCCAGAUCAAGAACUGGGAGUGGCUGCCCGAGUGGCCCAGUUCCAAUUCCAGGUGGAGGACCAAGCUGGGAAUGUGGCUCCAGGCACCUUCACCCUGUACUUGCAGCCAGUGGAUAACCAGCCACCUGAGAUCCUCAACACUGGCUUCACGAUUCAGGAGAAGGGCCACCACAUCCUGAGUGAGACGGAACUGAGCGUGAAGGACGUAGACACUGACGUAGCCCACAUCACUUUCACACUCACACAGGCACCCAGACACGGCCACGUGAAGGUGUCUGGGCAGAUCCUGCGUGUGGGUGAGAUUUUCCACUUGGAGGACAUAAAACAGGGUCGGAUUUCUUACAUCCAUAAUGGGGCUGAGACUCUGACUGAUAGCUGCUCCUUGGAGGUCAGCGACAGACACCACGUGGUGCCCAUCACUCUCAGGGUGAGUGUCCGGCCAGUGGAUGAUGAGGUGCCCAUGCUGAGCCUUCCUGACGGCACUCUGGGGUCCUAUCUAGAUGUUUUAGAAAAUGGGGCUACUGAAAUCACUGCCAACGUUAUCAAGGGGACCGAUGAGGACACCGAUGAUUUGAUGCUGACGUUCCUCUUGGAAGAUCCACCCUUAUAUGGAGAAAUCCUGGUCAACGGAGUUCCAGCCGAGCAGUUUACCCAAAGGGACAUCUUGGAGGGCUCUGUUGUCUAUGCCCACACCAGUGGUGAGAUGGGCUUAUUGCCCAAAGAGGACUCUUUUAACCUGAGUCUGUCGGACAUGUCUCAAGAAUGGAGAAUCGGUGGUAAUGCCAUCCGAGGAGUUACCGUGUGGGUGACCAUCCUCCCCGUUGACAACCAGGCCCCAGAGGUUUCUGUGGGUGAACGGUUUAUAGUAAUGGAAGGUGAUAAAAGUGUUAUAACCUCAAUGCACAUAAGUGUUGAAGAUACGGAUUCUCUCAACGAUGACAUCUUGUGCACCAUCGUUAUUCAGCCCACCUCGGGUUACCUUGAGAACAUCUCUCCAUCCCCAGGCUCUGAAAAAUCAAGAGCAGGAAUUGCCAUAAGUGCUUUCACUCUGAAAGAUCUCAGGCAGGGCCAUAUAAACUAUGUCCAGAGUGUCCAUAAAGGAGUAGAACCAGUGGAAGACAGAUUCAUAUUUCGUUGUUCUGAUGGCAUUAACUUUUCAGAGAGACAUUUUUUCCCCAUUGUGAUCAUUCCUACCAAUGAUGAGCAGCCAGAAAUAUUUAUGAGAGAAUUUAUAGUGAUGGAAGGCAUGAGUCUGGUGAUCGAUACGCCCAUCCUCAAUGCUGCCGAUGCUGACAUUCCCCCGGAUGACUUAACUUUCACUAUUACCAAAUUUCCUACCCACGGUCACAUCAUGCGCCAGCUGAUAAAUGGCACGAUUUUGGUCGAAAGCUUCACCUUGGACCAGAUCAUAGAGAGUUCCAGCAUUAUUUAUGAGCACGACGACUCUGAGACCCAGGAAGACAGUUUUGUGAUUAGACUAACAGAUGGAAAGCACUCUGUGGAGAAGGUGGUCCUCAUUAUGGUUAUCCCGGUGGAUGAUGAGACCCCCAGAAUGGCCAUCAAUAAUGGACUGGAAAUAGAAAUUGGGGAAACCAAAGUGAUCAAUAACAAAAUUUUAAUGGCAACUGAUUUAGAUUCUGAAGACAAAUCCCUGGUUUAUGUUAUUCGCUAUGGGCCAAGACAUGGCUUAUUACAGAUACAAAAAUCUUCAGGUGUCUUUGAAAAUAUCACACUGGGCAUGAAUUUUACCCAGGAUGAACUGGAUAGAAACUUAAUUCGGUACAUCCAUUUUGGGCAAGAAGGUAUUCGGGAUCUAAUUAAAUUUGAUGUGACUGAUGGAAUAAACGCCCUCAUAGAUCGCUACUUUUAUGUGUCCGUUGGGAGCCUGGACAUUGUCUUCCCUGAUGUGAUAAGCAAGGGCGUGUCCUUGAAGGAAGGUGGUAAGGUCACCCUCACCACAGACUUACUAAGCACGAGUGACUUGAACAGUCCUGAUGAAAACUUAGUUUUUACCAUCACCAGGGCGCCCAUGAGAGGUCACUUAGAAUGCUCAGACCAGCCUGGAGUGUCCAUCAUGUCUUUCACUCAGCUCCAGCUGGCGGGCAACAAAAUCUCCUACAUCCACACAGCAGAUGAUGAGGUGAAGAUGGACAGCUUUGAGUUCCAAGUCACUGACGGACGGAACCCCGUCUUCCGGACAUUUCGUAUCUCCAUCAGCGAUGUGGACAACAAAAAGCCAGUGGUCACCAUCCAGCACCUGGUUGUCAGCGAAGGUGAGAACAAGCUGAUCACCCCCUUCGAACUCACUGUGGAAGACAGAGAUACCCCAGACAAACUCCUGAAAUUCACUCUCACCCAGGUGCCCAUUCAUGGUCAACUCCUAUUCAACAACACCAGACCUACCAUGAUUUUCACCAAACAAGACUUGAAUGAAAACUUAAUCAGCUACAGACAUGAUGGCACUGAAACACGUGAAGACAGCUUCUCCUUCACAGUGACCGAUGGUUCCCAUACGGAGUUCUAUGUUUUUCCUGAUACAGUAUUUGAAACAAGGAGACCCCAAGUGAUGAAGAUCCAGAUCUUAGCUGUUGACAAUAGUGUCCCCCAAAUCGCAGUGAACAAAGGGGCCUCUACGCUUCGCUCUCUGGCUACCGGCCACUUGGGGUUCAUGAUCACAAGCAAAGUGUUGAAAGUGGAGGAUAGAGACAGCCCACAGUUUUCUCUUAGGUUUAUUGUGACAGAAGCUCCUCGACAUGGAUAUCUCCUCAACCUGGGUGAAGGCAACCACAGCGUCACUCAGUUUACACAAGCUGACAUUGACGACCUGAAAAUAUGCUAUGUUUUAAGAGAAGGGGCUAAUGCCACAAGUGACGUAUUCCAUUUUACAGUUGAAGACAGUGGUGGAAACAAGUUAACCAAGCAGCAUUUUCGUCUGAACUGGGCAUGGAUCUCCUUUGAAAAGGAGUAUUACUUGAUCAAUGAGGACUCCAAAUUUCUAGAUGUCGUUCUUAAACGUAGAGGUUACUUGGGAGAGACUUCCUUUAUAAGUAUUGGCACAAGAGAUGGGACUGCAAAAAAGGACAAAGACUUCAAGGGCAAAGCCCAGAAACAAGUGCAGUUCAACCCGGGCCAGACCAGGGCCACAUGGAGAGUGCGGAUCAUGAGCGACGGGGAGCAUGAACAGUCUGAGACCUUCCAGGUGGUUCUCUCAGAGCCCGUGCUGGCUGCCCUGGAAUUCCCCGAGGUGACCACAGUGGAGAUCGUGGACCCAGGAGAUGAAUCAACUGUGUUCAUCCCCCAGGCUGAAUACUCCAUUGAAGAGGACAUUGGGGAGCUGUUCCUUCCCAUCAGGAGAAGCGGAGAUGUGAGCCGGGAGUUGAUGGUGAUCUGUUACACGCAGCAAGGAACAGCAAGAGGAACGGUGCCCACAUCAGUGCUGUCCUAUUCCGAUUACAUAUCCCGGCCCGAGGACCACACCAGUGUUAUCCGCUUCGACAAAGACGAGCGGGAGAAAAUGUGUCGGGUGGUUAUAAUCGACGACUCCUUGUAUGAAGAGGAGGAGACAUUCCGUGUUGUCCUGAGCAUGCCCAUGGGGGGGAGACUCGGGUCGGAGUUUCCAGGGGCUCAGGUUACAAUCAUCCCUGACAAAGACGAUGAACCUGUCUUCUACUUUGGUGAUGUCGCGUACUCCGUGGACGAGAGCGCGGGCUACGUGGAGUUGCUCGUGUGGAGGACAGGCACCGACCUGUCCAAGGCUUCCAGUGUCACCGUGCGAUCUCGGAAAACAGAUCCGCCCUCUGCUGAAGCUGGAACAGACUACGUGGGAAUCAGUCGUAAUUUAGAUUUUGCACCUGGAGUCAACAUGCAGCCUGUUCGUGUCAUCAUUCUGGAUGACCUUGGGCAGCCAGUGCUGGAGGGAGUUGAGAAAUUUGAACUGGUGCUUCGAAUGCCUAUGAAUGCUGCCCUCGGUGACCCCAGCAAAGCCACGGUGUCCAUCAAUGAUUCUGGCUCAGAUCUGCCUAAGAUGCAAUUCAAAGAACGGGUCUACACCGGCAAUGAAAACGAUGGGCAGGUAGUUGCAGUGAUCCACAGGAGCGGAGAUAUCCAGUUCAGGUCUUCAGUGAGAUGCUAUACACGACAGGGGUCUGCACAGGUGAUGAUGGACUUCGAAGAACGCCCAAACACUGACCUCUCUGUCAUCACCUUCCUCCCUGGUGAGACUGAAAAGCCUUGCAUCCUUGAGCUGAUGGACGAUGCAGUGCACGAGGAGGUGGAGGAGCUCCGUCUGGUCCUUGGAACACCACAGAGCAACUCACCUUUUGGAGCUGCAGUUGGGGAACAAAAUGAAACUCUGAUCAGGAUCAGAGAUGAUGCGGAUAAGACAAUUAUUAAAUUUGGAGAAACCAAGUUUAGUGUCCGUGAACCCCAAGCCCCGGGACAGUCGGCGGUUGUAAAAAUCCCCGUGAUUCGCCAGGGAGACACUUCAAAGGUCUCCACUGUGAGAGUUCACACCAAGGACGGCUCGGCCACCUCUGGGGAAGACUAUCACCCCGUGUCGGAAGAAAUUGAGUUUAAGGUGGGAGAAACCCAGCACAUCGUUGAAAUUGAAGUGAUAUUCGAUGGGGUAAGAGAGAUGAGAGAGGCCUUCACUGUCCAUCUGAAACCCGAUGAAAAUAUGAUAGCAGAGACACAGGUGACCAAAGCCAUUGUGUAUAUAGAAGAAAUGAACAGCAUGGCAGAUGUCACUUUUCCUUCUGUCCCUCAAAUUGUGUCCUUACUGAUGUAUGAUGACACCUCCAAAGCCAAAGAGAGUGCUGGCCCCGUGUCUGGUUAUCCUGUUGUCUGCAUCACGGCCUGUAACCCUAAAUAUUCAGACUAUGACAAAACAGGCUCUAUCUGUGCAAGUGAGAACAUCAACGACACCUUGACCCGGUACCGAUGGCUGAUCAGCGCUCCCACCAGCCCCGACGGUGUGACCAGCCCCAUGAGAGAAGUGGACUUUGACACCUUUUUCACAUCGUCCAAGAUGAUCACUUUAGACGCCAUAUACUUCCAACCCGGCUCCAGGGUGCAGUGUGCGGCCCGGGCUGUGAAUGCCGACGGCAGUGAAGGCCUAGAGCUGAUGAGCCCUAUUGUGACCAUUGGCAGAGAAGAAGGUCUCUGUCAGCCCCGGGUGCCUGGGAUAGUGGGGGCAGAGCCGUUCUCGGCGAAGUUGCGCUACACGGGCCCCGAGGACCCCGAGUACGCAAACCUUCUCAAGCUCACUGUCACGAUGCCCCACACAGACGGCAUGCUCCCUGUCAUCUCCACCAAGGAGCUUUCCAACUUCGAGCUCACCCUCAGCCCUGACGGCACCCGGGCUGGAAACCACAAGUGCUCCAACCUCCUGGAUUACACGGAAGUCAAGACCCACCAUGGUUUCUUGACUGAUGCUACCAAAAACCCAGACGUAAUUGGAGAGACAUACCCUUACCAGUACAGCUCAUCCAUCCGAGGUUCCAGGACCUUACGCUUCUACCGAAACCUGAAUCUGGAGGCCUGCUUGUGGGAGUUUGUUAGCUACUAUGACAUGUCAGAGCUGCUCACAGACUGUGGAGGCACCAUUGGGACAGAUGGACAGGUCCUAAACCUAGUGCAGUCCUACGUGACGCUUCGCGUCCCGCUGUACGUCUCCUACGUGUUCCACUCCCCGGUCGGGGUAGGGGGCUGGCAGCACUUCGACCUGCAGUCGGAGCUCCGCCUGACGUUCGUGUACGACACUGCCAUCUUGUGGAACGAGGGGGUCGGCAGCCCCCCGGAGGCCGAGCUCCACGGUUCUCUCUACCCAACCAGCAUGCGUAUCGGGGAAGAGGGGCGCCUGGUCGUGAACUUCAAGACAGAGGCUCAAUUCCAUGGCUUGUUUGUGCUGUCACAUCCCGCAUCCUUCACAAGCUCAAUGAUCAUGUCAGCUGAUCAUCCAGGUCUAACAUUUUCCCUGCGUCUCAUAAGGAGUGAACCAACCUACAACCAGCCAGUCCAGCAGUGGAGUUUUGUAUCUGACUUUGCAGUCCGUGACUACUCGGGGACCUAUACUGUAAAACUGCUGCCAUGUACCACUCCGUCACAUCAGGAGUAUCGCCUGCCAGUCACCUGCAACCCCAGAGAGCCUGUCACUUUUGACCUGGACAUCCGAUUCCAACAGGUCAGUGAUCCCGUGGCAGCUGAGUUUAGUUUGAACACCCAAAUGUACCUGCUCUCCAAGAAGAGUCUCUGGUUGUCUGAUGGAUCCAUGGGAUUUGGGCAAGAGAGUGAUGUUGCUUUUGCAGAAGGUGAUGUGAUUUAUGGUCGGGUCAUGGUGGAUCCUGUCCAGAAUCUCGGCGAUUCCUUUUACUGCAGCAUCGAGAAGGUGUUCCUGUGCACCGGAGCUGAUGGCUACGUUCCCAAGUACAGCCCAGCAAACGCAGAGUACGGCUGCCUGGCUGAUUCACCUUCACUCUUAUAUAGAUUUAAAAUUGUGGACAAAGCUCAGCCAGAGACACAAGCCACCAGUUUUGGAAAUGUCCUGUUUAAUGCCAAACUGGCAGUGGAUGACCCCGAAGCUAUCCUCUUAGUGAAUCAGCCUGGAUCUGACGGAUUUAAAGUCGACUCAACACCACUCUUCCAGGUCGCUCUGGGCCGAGAAUGGUACAUACACACCAUCUACACCGUGAGAUCAAAAGACAAUGCCAAGCGAGGCAUUGGCAGACGAAGCGUGGAGUACGAGUACCACUCUUUGGUGAGUAGCGGGGAGCCCCAGGCGAUGGCCGGAAGCCGGAGGAAGAGGGAGGUCAGGAGCCCACCGGCCCUGGCGCGGGAGAUCGGUGCCGAAAACAACCGAGGCACCAACAUCCAGCACGUUGCCCUGGACCGCAGCAGCAGGAGGCGGAGCCCGCAGGGCAGGGCUCCCCCCCACGGCCUCCCUCCACGGGAGCUCAGCAGCCCCAGCUCCGAGGUCAGCCUGGUCGCUGUGAUGGGGGGCGGCGCGGUGGGCCUCCUCGCCGUCGGCCUCAUGGCCUUGGCCGUGGUGCUGUUCAAGGGCAAGAAGAGCGCCCGGAGGAAGGGCGCCCCCCAGGGCUCCGGCAGCAGCGAGCCCAUGAUGCCCCGGCCGGGCCUCCAGAGCGACAGCUCGGAGGUUUGAGGUCGGCAGGCGGGCGGAAUUCAGCCUUUUCCUCAAGUGCCCAGGAGAAGAGCAAGGAACCCACAUCCUUCUGUAAACGGCAGAGAAUGGAGGUCUUCUGGGACAGAGCUGCUCAGAGGCCCUGACUGUACUAGUAAAUGUUGAUCUGAACUCUGUACUGGUUCAGGCAUCAGAGGACAAAUUCGGACCACAGACCACACCUUUCCUCUGGCCCAGAAGGCUCACGUGUGUGUCCAUGUGUACACAGAGGCAGAGAUGGAGAGUGAGGAACAGCUCGUCUUAGGCGUUUUCUCUGCACGGGGAGAUGAACGUGUUCAGAGGUGCUAACAAACUCUCGCAGAAGCUUAAGAGGAGUCCAAGGGUGCGAUGCUAGGAUGCAUCUUGAAGGUGCAAUUACCACAUUGUUUAUUCAUUGUGUAACAGUCUAGGUGUUAAUUGACAGUCUGGAAGAAUGAUACACCGUUUAUUGCGACAAGUUUUCUACGUGGAGAAGACAACAUGGACUUAUGACCAAGGGGAGCUCAACCCGCAAAUCACCUUUUUUCCUACCUGAGAGAGAGUAGAAGGAAACAAGGAAAGUAUCUCACUAACUUGAAUUUUCAUUAAACCCUCCUUGUUUUAUCUACUUAUUUAAUUUUAAAUUAAACCAAAGAAUAUGUUACAUCUGGAAAAGAUCAUUGAAGAGAGACUGCUCUGUUUGGGGAUAUAUGUAGUAGAAAAAGUAGAGUUCUCGCAUGAUAAUACACCUUAUUUGUGUUCAUCUUGGGAAAUAAGAGGGUUGGUGACAUUUUAAUGAUGAAGAAAUGCCAUAGAGGUAGAGUCAUAUUUACAAGACAAUGUUCUCUAAGAACUGAGCCUAGAUGUUUACAGUAUUAAACCCAUAAAUGACCAGGAGAAACACCUUUCCGAUGGUAAAGGGAGAAAGCGGUAUUUAUUAAUAUAUGUUUAACCAAAGUGCCUUUGACACAGAUUUUAUAGAAUAAAAGAGUCUCACAAUGACACAUGAGGUUAAGCCUGUGAUAGCAUAAUCACACAGUAAGAUCCAACGCUUAAAUUGUCCAGGGGGCCUUUUAUUAGCUUUCUAAUCGGCACCUGGUCCAAAGGAUGGGAAUCCUUUCAACCAUCAUUCCAGAGAUGGUCUCGGAGGUGGCCAGCAUCACUGAUCGUGUUCGUCUUUGACCAAAGAAGAAAGCAUCUCUCUGGCAUCUCCAGGUCAGUGAGCUGAUGCAGCGUGGUCCAUCUCAGCAUCUAAAAACACAAUCUGUAAUACUGCUUACAUGCUAAAAACCACGGAACUUGCAUGAGCUUGCUCAGCAAGCCUCCUGUUUUCUUUCUCAGAAAUGUGCUUUCAUCAGCGAGCAGAAUUUUUAAUUAGAAAUGGAAAAUGUCAGUAGUUUAGUGACCCAUCUUCCAAAAGCUAGUAAAUGUGUUUCAAAUGAAAAUACGAUCAGGAGAAAAAGUACUCUUCCUAAAGACUAACGCUCCCUCCGGUGAGGCCUGGGAUCCCUUUUCAUUUGAGUUAUAACCGGGUUAACCUGGACAUCCUGGUGGAAUGGAGGUUUGUGGAAGUCCAGCCUCUCCUCAGGUCAUACAGGCACUUCCAGUAUGGUGUCGGUGAGCACAAUCCAUCUCUAUCCCUCUUUUUUUUUUUUUUUUUUGACUGCACCCACAGCGUAUGGAAGUUCUCAGGCCAGGGAUCGAAUCCGAGCCCGAGCUUCGAUCUACACCACCGCUGCGGCAAUGUCAGAUCCUUAGUUUCAGUAUUUUGUUUUUAGAGAAUUAUUUUGGUAUGAUCAGAAUAAAGAAGCAAAAUAACUUUCCAUAGAGGACAGUCUGUCAGCAGUAGUAGCUCCUUACUCAGUAGCUUCUGACUCCCAUGAAAACAAGGUCUUGUUGACAUUGCACAGUAAACACAAAACUCAAUAUUAAGCAUCAGUGGCUCUCCUGGUCUAUGAACCACAAAGCAUUAAAAUAUAUGUGUAUUUUAGUGAUGGUUUUAUCUAUUUCAGCUAAUACCUUCAGCUAAUGUUCACUGCAUGCUCCCCUAGGAUCAGCCACUUUGAAAAAUUACAUAGAAACUGAACUACUCUCCCUGCCCUCGGGCAGUUUACUAGCAAAUGUGGCUCUUUUUUGCACUAACUAAAGGGAUCAAGAUUUGCAUUAGUUUCUCUCCUGGGCAAAGAUCACAGGAGGCCUAUCUGUGAACCACAAUUUUUUAAAGUCUCUAGGAGUUCCCUCCUGGCUCAGUAGGUUAAGGAUCCAAUGUUGUCACUGCUAUGGCUCUGGUUGCUGCUGGGACACGGGUUCAGUUCCUGGCCCAGAAACUUCCACAUGCCACAGGUACAGCCAAAAAUGGGGAAAAAGUCCAGCAGUAGAAUCCACUCUUUCCUGUCUGAAGAACCCCACAUGUGAUGGGUCAUUCUGAACACAGAUCUUACACAAAAUAUUUCAAACUAGUAAGUUAAUGGAAUUGUCCUUUGCAAACCCACACAGAGAAAGGACAUUGCAAAGAUGUGGGUGGCCCUGAAUAUUGUCUUCUUCUUAAUGGAAAACAGGCCCACUUUGUUCCAAGAAUGGGAUCGAACACCCCACCUCGUCCAGUUCUUUAACAUCAGCACCUCCUGAGGCCCAUCCUCUCACAAGCAUCACAGUGUGUGAACCAUACAAGGAAAAGUCGAUUAGAAUUCUGCUGCCAUGCUAUUGCAUAGCAUUUGUGAUAAGGGAACCAAUUCUAGGCUUAAUAUGAAGGGAUUCAGUUCUGGAAACAACCAAAGAGCCUCCUUAACAGUCGUCUUCUAAUUAUUUUCCAAGAUACCAACUCCAAGGUCAAUUUUUAAAUGAAAAUGAGGAGUUCCCUCACGGCCUAGCAGUUAAGGAUCUGUCAGUGUCACUGGUACUAGCGUGGCUCGGGUCACUACCGUGGCAUGGUUCAAUAUCUAGCCCAGGAAUUUCCAUGUGCCACGUCCAAAAACAAAAAACAGUAAGGAGAAGAAAUGAGAAUGAACCUGUGUAAAAACCACAGAGAGCCUUCCUCAUAGAAAUCACACUAAAGGUUAAAAUAGCCCCAGAUUGAGAGAUGUUAGAGUAACUAUAGCAGAAUGAGAUGCGGAGAAAUUGAGAUUUUAAAAGUUGGAAUUUGGGGAGUUACCCUUGUGGCGCAGCAGAAACAAAUCCGACUAGGAACCAUGAGGUUUCAGGUUCGAUCCCUGACCUCACUCAGUGGAUUAAGGAUCUGGCAUUGCCGUGAGCUGUGGUGUUAGGUGGGCAGUUGCAGCUCUGGUAUGACCCCUUGCCUGGAAACUUCCAUAUGCCACAAUUUCGGCGCCCAAAAAAAGCAAAAAAAAAAGAAAAGUUGGAAUUUUGAUUUCUGCUACUAUUUUGAAAAUAUCUAUUUAGUAUUAACUUAGAAACCAAUUUAGCUCUUUAAUAGGAAAAAAAAUUUUAAGAUGCAAAUGUACACAUUUGAAAUUUACAUUAUUGUAUUAAUUUGAAAACCAGCAUGUUAUGGUUCUUUGAAACUUUCAUUUCUUUCUAGUCGUGAUAGCAAAUGAUAGCAAAGGAUGAAAACAGGUAUCUUUACUACCAUAUGGUAAAUGAAUCGACUCAAAUGUUCAAUCAGUCCAACUUGUCAAGGCUUAGAAACGUAUAAUUUGGCCAGAAACUAUAAAUAACUCUUAUCUCUCUCUCUUUCUUUCGCUCUCUCACACACACAGAGGCUCACGUGCAUUAAAAAACAGGCACACAUCUCAUU